AUGUCGUUCUGGCCGUGUAACUCGUCGAGUAAUGAAGGCUUGGUCAGUAACUUGAAGCGUACGAAUGUCGUCCGCUCCGACGCGGUGUUCAACGCGAUGGUCAAGACAGACCGUGCCAAGUAUUUGGCACAGAUUGAGACUCCGGAUGGAGGACAUGUGGGGGAAUUGGCAGCGUACCAAGACGUGCCUCACCCUAUCGGCUUCCACCAGACUAUUUCAGCGCCACAUAUGCAUGCCCACGCGAUGGAACUGGGCUAUGCAGCGAUCAAGGACGUACGUCAUCCACGGAUUCUCGACGUUGGGGCUGGUUCGGGGUAUCUAACAGCGUGUCUUGGUCGGAUGGUGGAAGACAAUGGACACGUCUUCGGACUGGAGAUCGUUCCUGGACUCGCGCAGUUCGCUAAGAAGAACAUCCAGACAGCUGACGGAGACUUAGUCGACCGAGGUGUCGUGUCUGUGCGCUGCCACAAUGGGUGGGACGGUCUUCCGAACGAAGCUCCGUUCCACUACAUCCACGUCGGAGCUGCUGCUGAAUCUCCGCCUCAGGCUUUGAUGGACCAACUCGCAGACGGCGGACGCAUGGUGCUGCCUGUGGACGAACCUCGCGGUGGCCAAGUAUUAGUGGAGAUCACAAGACAUGGUACCAACUUCUCACAACGUCGAUUGUUCGGCGUGUGCUACGUGCCACUCGUCCGCGAACGUGAACGCAAGCUCAGCUGA